AUGCUUGCUGCAAUUGCAGGUUUUACUGUCUCCUUGACUUCUUCAAUCUACACUGGCGGAAUUGAGCAGAUUAUUGCUGAAUUCAGCGUAUCUAAUUCUGUGGCCCAACUUGGAGUGUCUUUAUUCGUUCUUGGAUUCGCACUUGGGCCGCUGUUAUGGGCUCCCUUGUCUGAGAUUUACGGCCGUCAGACAUUGUUCAUCUCAACAUUCGGCUUACUGACACUGUGCAAUGCAGCAGCAGCAGGCUCUCAAUCUAUUACGCUGCUCCUUGUCUUUAGAGCGCUUGGUGGCAUCUUCGGGUCGAGCCCCUUGACAAAUACAAGCGGCGUGAUUGCUGACCAAUUUUCAGCUAAUGAGCGAGGUCUGGCCUUAGGAAUUUUUUCUUUUGGACCAUUUAUGGGACCAGUGUUGGGGCCGAUCAUAUCUGGUUUUUUGGGACAGCGUGCUGGCUGGAGGUGGAACCUCUGGCUUCCUACCAUAAUCGGUGCUGCUAUAUGGGUGUUGAACAUAAUCCUAGUUCCAGAGACGUAUGCACCGGUACUAUUGGAAAGGAGGGCAGCACUUCUCACAAAGAAAACUGGAAAGGUGCACGUCAGUUAUCUCGAACAAGGUACAACGAGAAAAGUCGGUCCAGCUUUGAAGGCUGCCCUUUUACGACCAUGGAUGCUCCUACUCCUUGAACCUAUUGUCUUGAUUUUCUCGGUGUACAUGGCCAUCAUAUAUGCCACCAUGUAUAUGUUUUUUGCCUCUUUUCCUUUGAUCUUCCGGCAAGAGCGAAACUGGAAACCCUCUAUGGAAGGACUUGCAUUUCUCGGCAUAGCAGUCGGGAUGAUCUUGGCAUUAACCUGGAUGAUUUUUGACAACAAUUGGUACAGCGAAAGAUCGAAAAUGGCUCCUGGUGGACGUGUUGCGCCCGAAGCUCGCCUUUCCCCAUGUAUGCUCGGUGCAAUUUGUGUGCCUAUUGGGCUGUUCUGGUUUGCAUGGACCGCAUCACCACAAAGCAUUCAUUGGUCAGUCUGCCUAAUUGGGUCGGCCUUUUUUGGUGGUGGCAAUGUUUUAUUAUUCAUCAGUUGCACCAACUAUCUUGUUGAUGCCUACUUGAUUUAUGCUGCAUCAUGCAUGGCAGGGUCUUCGGUACUUCGCUCUGUUCUUGGGGCAGUUUUCCCUUUAUUUACUGUGAAGAUGUACCAAAAUUUGGGUAUAAGUUGGGCUAGUUCUAUCCCUGCUUUUCUCACAUUGAUAUGCACCCCAUUUCCAUUUCUGUUGAUAAAAUAUGGCCCCGCCAUUCGGAGGCGAUGCGUUUAUGCGGCGGAAGCUGAAAAGAUAGCUCAAAGGCUAAAAGAGGAGCAUGCUGCAAAUAUGUCACUGGGUGAAGAAUUACAAAAAGCUUAG